AUGGAGUCGCUACCAUUAGCGCUGCAGCGGGAGAUCUGCUCGUUCGCGGCUGCGCCAGAGCUCAUUCCGCAUGAAGUGGAGGGCCGCAGCGCCCCCGACUUUGCCGCGCUCUUGACCGAGCCGUCCACUAUCAACUUGCAGCGUCUGGCGCGCGUCUGUCGCUCGUGGCGCGAUAUCGUCGCGGAAUUCUGCGCGGACCAUGAAGCCACGCGCGUGUUGACUCUCAACUUCACUACUGGCCACGAACAGGAGCAGGAAAAGGAGAUCAUUAUGCAGCUAUUAAGUGGCAAUAAGGGUGAGAGGCUGCUGGACUUGAGGAUCGCCAUCACCGCCGAGAAGAGAGCUCUGUGGUGGGACCUGGACGCUCAGGGACAGACGCCGACUCCCGACCAAGCCGAAGCAGCAGCAGCUGAGCUCUCGCAGUGGGUGGAGUGGAGGAAUACCCUCAAAUUAUGCCCCAACCUUCUCCGGUUGGACUUGAGCGGGGUGCCCCUGCAUCAUUUGGCGAUGGGGGACUUGCUGGAUGCCGCGUCGACGUACUGCAAGCACCUGGAGGCGUUGAUACUGCCCAAGAAGGACCGGCUGUAUGCAGAUGCAGUGGCGGACAAUAUGGACUUUGUGUUCUGGAGACUGUACUCGGCGCUGCAGAGGUGGAACGAAGCUUCGGGAGGGUUGAGACAGCUGACAGUGCCGUCAAGAAGCGAGUUCGAUCGAGAAGGAACGUCCAACGAGUUCUUGUCGACGGUGCAGAGGUUGUGUCCGAAUUUGGAGUACUUGGAUGGGUGGAAACGAUCGUAUCAUGAAGGAAUGAGGCUGGUUGCGUGUGAUGAGAGUUUGUGUGUCUCGCGGGAUGUCUGGAAAACGUUCUGCAAGUCGUGCGUCGCGCUGCGGGAGUUCAGCUGGGUUGUGGUGCCAUUCUCUGAUGAGUUCUUCCUCCCGUUCGGUCAGACAACAAAACCGCUGCUGACGCGGCUGCAGUUGACGUACAACACGCGCGCACCAUUCCGUAUCCGACGGCACGAAUACUCCACAGGUGGGUUGAAUGUACUCUUGUCAGGUUGCCCGGCGCUGGAGCAUUUGGACGUUGUUCUUCACCGCCUGCAGCCGUGCGACGCACUGAUUUACCCGCAGAUCGACGAAAUGAUCGACCCUGGCGUAUUCAAGGACGAUUUCUUCAUGGCCUUGACGGACAAUUGCCCGCAGCUUCGUUCGUUGAGAAUCCGCGAGCUGGGGUCCUCGAGCGCAGUAAAAAAAGGAAGCGGCAUAUCGACUUUUCACACCGUCACGGAUCGAGGACUUGCAGCUCUGUGGCGCGCUCCAAAUCUCGCUCACAUUGACAUCCAAGACCUCGGAGUUUGCUUUGGCGAGGUGGUGCAGGGAGUGCUGAGCGAUCUAGCGAAGACAUCAAAUCAAGAAAUGCUGGUAAAAAUGCCUCUGGCAAUAUCACUGUCGAGCCGACGAGGCUACGUGUUCGAGCGGUCUUGGCUCGUCGAGAUGCAGCAGGCUUUUCAAUCCAAGUACCCGAAAGGCGAGUUGCGCUUCGCUGUCUUCAGUUUGAAGAAGGACAAGGACACUGGCCUCCGAUCCAGCACCAGCGGAAGCGUCGAGCAAGAAGUAAUCGCGAAAAUUCUAGCCCGUGCAUGGAUUAAAGGUGACGUCCUCCGCAUCGGCCGACUAGUGCUGUACACCGACGUCUCGGCACUCGACAAGCGUGUUCGAAAAGUUCUUGAGAGCAGAGCAAGCCGCGGCAGCUCGUGGAUCGUGACCCAGUGA